GCCGCCUGCUGCAGUGUCCCCGCGUCACCGGCUCCGCCACUGCAGGCUGCCGGCACCUGACCCGGCGGCAGCUGAAGGAGACACACAGGGGCCGCAGCCCGGCAGGACCCCGGGCCUCCGCCAGGCGCCGUGCAAGGCAAGGGAGCGGCUGGCUGGAUGGGCAGCACCCUGGAGCCCCCCGGGGGCGGGUACCUGCACCUGGGCGCGGUGGCCUCGCCGGUGGGCACAGCCCGCGCGCUGCAGCUGGCCUUCGGCUGCACCACCUUCAGCCUGGUGGCCCACCGCGGUGGCUUUGCGGGCGUCCAGGGCACCUUCUGCAUGGCCGCCUGGGGCUUCUGCUUCGCCGUCUCGGCCCUGGUGGUGGCCUGCGAGUUCACCCGGCUGCACGGCUGCCUGCGCCUCUCCUGGGGCAACUUCACGGCCGCCUUCGCCAUGCUGGCCACGCUGCUGUCGGCCACGGCCGCCGUCCUCUACCCGCUGUACUUCACCCGGCUGCGGUGCCCGCCCGAGCCCGAGGGCUGUGCGGCCAGGAACUUCCGCCUGGCCGCCAGCGUCUUCGCCGGGCUCCUCUUCCUGGCCUACGCCGCGGAGGUGGCCCUGACCCGGGCCCGGCCCGGCCAGGUGGCCAGCUACAUGGCCACGGUGUCCGGGCUCCUCAAGAUCGUCCAGGCCUUCGUGGCCUGCAUCAUCUUCGGGGCGCUGGUCCACGACAGCCACUACGGGCGCUUCGCGGCCACCCAGUGGUGCGUGGCCGUCUACAGCCUGUGCUUCCUGGCCACGGUGGCCGUGGUGGCCCUGAGCGUGAUGGGCCACACCGGCGGCCUGGGCUGCCCCUUCGACCGCGUGGUGGUGGUGUACACCUUCCUGGCCGUGCUCCUGUACCUCAGCGCCGCAGUCAUCUGGCCCGUCUUCUGCUUCGACCCCAAGUACGGCGAGCCCGGGCGGCCCCCCGACUGCCCUCGGGGCAGCUGCCCCUGGGACAGCCAGCUGGUGGUGGCCACCUUCACCUACGUCAACCUGCUCCUCUACGUCAUCGACCUCGCCUACUCCCAGAGGAUCCGCUUCGUGCCCACCCUGUAGCCCCCUGGGCGGCUGCCCACCCGCCACUGCUCUGCCAGGUGCCAGCAGGGAGGAGGCCCAGAGGGCCCCUCAGCUCGGGAGGGGCAGGUGGGGGGACAGAGCAGCGGGAGGCCCCGAGUGGGGACACCAGAGGUGCCUCUGUCUGUCUCCAGUCCCCGGCCCGCCCUGGCCCAGCGGUGGUCGCCAGAAGAGGCAGGUGCUGCAGUGACCCCCUUUGCACAUGGGCUCACCGAGGCUGGGAUUUAGGCGGCCCCGGGGGUCCGUCAGGGUCUGCAGCCCCUGUUCGGGCUGGGUGACUGUUGAAAAGCGGACAGUUCCCAGAGGCGUGGGAAAGAAGUUGGGGGCAGAGCCAGAGCUAUGCCAGUGGAGGGCCGUGGGGGCCGGCCCUUCCUCCAGCCUUCAGGGGGCGGCCCCCCGCACCCUGGAAGGACGGCCAUCCCAGCAGGGCCCUGCUGGGGUCUGUGUCAGCUCGGAGAGGAGGUGCUGGAAUCGGAACCCCAGCUCACAUGCCUCCCGCCAGCCACGGGCGUGGUCAGCAGAGCCAGGACUGUGGUGUGGUUACUCAGGGCAGCCUCAGCGGCCGGAGAGGACGCAGGUGGCCUGCAGGGGCCCCCAGAGGCCAGCAGCACUGCCAAGAGCAUGCUGAGGAGAAGCUGGGUUCCCGCCCAGGCGGCCCCCCACCACUGGCCUCCACGUAGCAGCUUCUGCAGGGCCUGGGGCAGCCACUGGUGCUUCCCUGGCGCGUGCAGGCCCGGCACCUCCACCUGCUCACGUGCCCGUGUGCCUGGGUGCUGACCUCCAGGGCUGGACAGGGCCACUGCCCGCCGCGCUCCAGACAGCCCCUCCCAUUCAAGAGCCCAGCCUGGGCCUGCCCGGGGCAGCCUGCUGGCGGCCUCCGAGCCCAGCGGCCCCUCAGCCCACGGACUGGAGCAAGGCCGCGCACAGGAAAUAAACGCUGAUGCUGAUGCUGA